CUGGGAGUCACCAUGGGCAGCGUCAGCAGCCUCAUCUCUGGCCACAGCUUCCACAGCAAGCACUGCAGGGCCUCACAGUACAAGCUCCGCAAGUCCUCCCAGCUCAAGAAGCUCAACCGGUAUUCAGACGGGCUGCUAAGAUUUGGCUUCUCCCAGGACUCCGGCCAUGGCAAGUCCAGCUCCAAAAUGGGCAAGAGCGAAGACUUCUUUUACAUCAAGGUCAGCCAGAAGGCCCGGGGCACCCAUCGCCCGGACUACACGGCACUGUCCAGCGGCGACCUCGGGGGCCAGGCUGGGGUGGACUUUGACCCAUCCACGCCACCCAAGCUCAUGCCCUUCUCCGGUCAGCUGGAAACGGGAUCAGACAAGGGGGCGGUGAGGCCCACGGCCUUCAAGCCCGUGCUGCCCCGCUCGGGAGCCAUCCUCCACUCCUCCCCAGACAGUGCCAGCCACCAACUGCACCCCGCACCUCCUGACAAGCCUAAGGAGCAGGAGCUGAAGCCAGGCCUGUGCUCGGGGGCCCUGUCUGACUCGGGCCGGAACUCCAUGUCCAGCCUGCCCACGCACAGCACCACCAGCAGCUACCAGCUGGACCCCCUGGUCACCCCCGUGGGGCCCACGAGCCGUUUUGGAGGCUCGGCCCACAACAUCACUCAGGGCAUCGUGCCGCAGGACACCAACAUGAUGAGUCUGAAGGCGCUGUCGUUCUCCGAUGGCGGCAGCAAGCUAGCCCACCCGGGCAAGGCCGACAAGGGCUCCUCUUGCGUGCGUGCCCCCCUCUCCACGGACGAGUGCACCAUCCAGGAGCUGGAGCAGAAGCUGCUGCAGAGGGAGGGCGCCCUGCAGAAGCUGCAGCGCAGUUUUGAUGAGAAGGACUUUGCCUCCGGCCAGGCUUUCGACGAGCGGCCCAGACGGAACAGGGAGGAGAUGGAGGGCGCCGAGCCCAAGAGCAGCAGCAGCAAGCUGAAGCCAGCGUCCCAGAAGAGCCAGCGCGCGCAGCAGGUGCUCCACCUGCAGGUGCUCCAGCUGCAGCAGGAGAAGCGGCAGCUGCGGCAGGAGCUGGAGAGCCUCAUGAAGGAGCAGGACCUGCUGGAGACCAAGCUCAGGUCCUACGAGCGGGAGAAGACCAACUUCGCCCCUGCCCUGGAGGAGACCCAGUGGGAGGUGUGUCAGAAGUCAGGCGAGAUCUCUCUCCUCAAGCAGCAGCUCAAGGAGUCCCAGACGGAGGUGAACGCCAAGGCCAGCGAAAUCCUCAAUCUGAAGGUGCAGCUGAAGGACACCCGGGCCAAGCUGGAAGGCAUGGAACUGAAGACGCAGGACUUGGAGAGCGCCCUGCGCACCAAGGGCCUGGAACUGGAGGUCUGUGAGAACGAGCUCCAGCGCAAGAAGAACGAGGCAGAGCUGCUCCGAGAGAAGGUGAACCUGCUAGAGCAGGAGCUGCUGGAGCUGCGGGCCCAGGCCGCCCUGCAGCGGGACAGCGCUGCGCUGGGGCCCCUGGUGGCCGGGCCUGCCUUCUCGGAGGACAUCCCUGCUCUGCAGCGGGAGUUGGAGCGGCUGCGCGCCGAGCUGAAGGAGGAACGGCAAGGUCAUGACCAGAUGUCCUCCGGCUUCCAGCAUGAACGGCUGGUGUGGAAGGAGGAGAAGGAGAAGGUGAUCCAGUACCAGAAACAGCUGCAACAGAGCUACUUGGCGAUGUACCAGCGCAACCAGCGCCUGGAGAAGGCCCUGCGGCAGCUGGCCCGCGGGGACGGGGUAGGGGAGCCAUUUGAGAUUGACCUGGAAGGGGCUGACAUCCCUUACGAGGACAUCAUCGCCACCGAGAUCUGACAGGGCUGUCUGGGAGAGGGAAGCUGAAGAUGGGAC